CCCGAUCGAGUCUUCCUGCAGUUGAAACCCGUCUUGCUACGCGGUGUAAAUCAUUAUCAUCCUUUUCAUCAACCGCUGCAACAACCAGGCUGUUGUAGACUGAAACAGGAUAUACAGCUGGGUGUUCCAUCAAGUAAAUCUGAAGUUAAAACAAUAAUUAAAUCAGAAAUCAACAAGGUGUGGCAAGAACAAUGGGAUAGGGAAAAUAAGGGGUUUUCAAUAAAGCUUUCCAAUUAAAAUUAAAAGAGGACGGAGCAGAGGCAGCGGUGAUUCGGACCCUCUGCAGAACGGUACCACGAACGAAGGGAGGACUAUGAAAAGAGGAAGGUGCACAGGCAGCGGCGAUGCGGACCCGCCGCAGAACGGUACCUCCGACGACGGGAUGCGGGUUCGAGACCCCGAAGCCGGGGCCAGCAACAUUGACAGCCUGCCCGACACGAACGAUGAGGUUGACUCGGCCCAUAGAAGAGAUAUCAGGAGCAAAUACCGGGUGCUGAUCAGCAGCAUUCAACAGAACCGAGAGGAUAUGCUGAAUAAUCGUGAUAAUAAAAUCACAGAAGUACUGGACGAAGCGAACACACUUUUUAAGGAAGUGCACCAAGCCAGAGAGGCAGCACUUGAUUCCCAGCUGCUGGUGGUGGCAUCGGACCUGGGCAAGGAGAAGGCCAGCCAGCUGUUCUCUGAAGGCCUCUCUUUCGACCCUUCUACCUUUGUCCAGCAUACUCUGUUGUUCAUGGGACUCAACUGGCUAGAAGAAGAGGGGGAGAGCUCAGACGAAGGAGCGGCCACAUCGCACGGCUCCCUUCCCCGGAAUGCCUGGCACAGGCUGGCCCGCCGAGCCGAGGCGUGCUUCCAGAGCACCCCGGCCUUCCACUUCAUUUACGGCUCGUUCCAGGCAGAGCCCCCUCCCCCGAAGCCGCGGGUGGAGCGACAGAGGAAAGCUCCCACCAAGGAGGCCAAGAGGAUCAUGCCUACUCAGUUGAAGAAGAUGGAGGAGUCCCAACAGGAGGCCACGGAGAAGGAGGUGGAGAGGAUCCUGGGCUACUUGCAGCAGUACCACAAUCAGGACCCCACUUCGCCGAUCUCCUAUUAUGAGUUUGUCAUCAACCCCCAUUCGUUCUCUCGAACGGUGGAGAACAUCUUCCAUACGUCGUUCUUAGUCAGGGAUGGUUUAGCAAGGAUGUACAUGGAUGAGGACAAGAUGCCCUGCAUUGGUCCUGUGGAGGACGGUAUGUUGGAAGAGGGCAGAGCCUCCGCCCGUAAACAGUGCGUCAUUUCCAUCACCCUGCAGGGCUGGAGGGAGCUCCGAGAAGACUUAGACAUCCAAGAGUCGAUGAUCCAGCCACCAGUCGCAAACUAAAUGACGGGUUAUUGCCUUUUGUAUCAAUUUUAUUUUAAAAUGUAUUUUUUAUAUUCUAGAGUAUGCAUGUUCCUCACAAAUUCUGCCAAAUUUGGUCUAUUUUCUGAAGGAUUUUCCUCAACCCUUCCUAUUUGUAUUUUUUGGUUGCUUUUAUUUACCGUUUUAAGAAAAUGUUUUAAGAAAAUGUGUUCAAAUAAAACAUCAGUUUUUACAUCAGUGUACCAUUC